AUGCAUUCAACAUCAAUCUUUCUGUUGACUUUUGGUCUUUUGAUUACUUUUACUAUGGCAUGGCCAUGGUCAGGUCAGUCUCAUCAAAAUACCGAGAAUGAAGUAUCUCAAGAAUCUAAUGGACAUAAAUGGGUUAAAUAUCGUUCACCAAAAUAUAUUCGUAUACCAGGUCGUCUUGCUCAAAAAUUAGGACGUCCAUGGCCAGCAUUUACAGCUAAAAAGAUCUUCCAUGGAAAAUAUAUUCUCAUUAGUCCAGCUCUUCUUUUCAGAAUAAAGAAUACUGAUAAUACAGGUACUAGUACAACUAGUAUUUCAGGAAGUUCAACAACUGAACAACCUGAAGUUCAAGAAACAACAACAGAAUCUAUUGGUCAAGGAUCAACACCAGAACCCGAACCAGAAGAAACUACAUCAGAAUCACAAUUUCUUCCAAAAAAAGGAUCAUAUUCAAUCAAUAAUAAUGAACAAUUAUAUUUUUUUGAUGAGUGA